GGAAGUGCCCGGAUGCAGCGGGAGGAGGCGCUGCCGCCAUAUUUGCCCGGAGAGCAGCGAGCUGGUAGCUGCUGAGCCCCCCGGACCCAUCGGCUUCCAUCCGCCCCGUGCAGCCCCCGCCGCCGCCCCUCCUGCAGGACAUGGACGAUCGGGAGGACCUCGUCUAUCAGGCCAAGCUGGCUGAGCAGGCUGAGCGCUACGAUGAAAUGGUUGAGUCAAUGAAGAAAGUGGCUGGAAUGGAUGUGGAGUUGACAGUGGAAGAAAGAAACUUGCUUUCUGUCGCAUAUAAAAACGUGAUUGGCGCCAGAAGAGCUUCCUGGAGAAUAAUCAGCAGCAUUGAACAGAAAGAAGAAAACAAAGGUGGAGAAGACAAAUUAAAAAUGAUCCGGGAAUAUCGGCAAAUGGUUGAGACUGAGCUGAAGUUAAUCUGUUGUGACAUUCUGGAUGUACUGGACAAACACCUCAUUCCAGCAGCUAACACUGGCGAGUCCAAGGUUUUCUAUUACAAAAUGAAGGGGGACUACCAUAGGUAUCUGGCUGAGUUUGCCACAGGAAAUGACAGGAAGGAGGCUGCAGAGAAUAGCUUGGUGGCUUACAAAGCUGCUAGUGACAUUGCAAUGACAGAACUCCCACCAACACAUCCCAUCCGCUUAGGACUUGCGCUCAACUUCUCUGUAUUCUACUAUGAAAUUCUUAAUUCUCCUGAUCGUGCCUGCAGGUUGGCAAAAGCAGCUUUCGAUGAUGCUAUUGCAGAACUGGAUACACUGAGUGAAGAAAGCUAUAAGGACUCUACACUUAUCAUGCAGUUGUUACGUGAUAAUCUGACACUAUGGACUUCAGACAUGCAGGGUGAUGGUGAAGAACAGAAUAAAGAAGCGCUGCAGGAUGUGGAAGAUGAAAACCAGUGAGACACAAAGGCCAACAAGAGAACCCAUCUCUGACCAUCCCUUCCCCUUCCCCACAACAACCCUCAGUGUCACUCUGAGAACCACCAAAUCUGACUUUUACAUUGGGGCUCAGAAUUUAGGUUCCUGCCCUGUUGGGUUUCUUUAUUUUUAUUUUGGUUUAUUUUAUUUUGGGGUUUUUUUGUUUUGUUUUUUUUUGGGUUGGUUUUUUUUUCGUUUUGUUUUGGGUUAUUUUUUUUUUACACAAUUUUAAAGUUCUUAAAGGCAAGAGUGAAUUUCUGUGGAUUUUACUGGUGCCAGCUUGUAGGUUUCCUUAAGACACUAACAGGUAAAGGCUCUUUCAGCAUUACUGUAUUGUCUCCCACCAGAUGGGGCAGGGCAGGGAUGUGUCACAGCCCAGGAGUGGUGGCAGUUCCCUUUCUCUUUCCUUUUAUAACCGUUUCAAGUGACUUUUGUACCAAUGGUGUGUUCAGCUUUGAAGGUCCAGGUUGCUUCUGGGACAUAGAUUGGAGUGGGGUUUUACUGUAUCGAAAACACUCGUGUUUCCAAACUGCUGAAACCUUGCUGAGAAUCAUGGUGCUGGUAACAGUUCAACAAUCCGUGGCUGCUCAUUCUUGCCUGUUCUUUACUUUUCCUCCAAGCAGGUUAGCAUUGAAGGUGGCAUUGAUAAGCCUGCAUGCGUGUUCAAUAUUUUUUCUUUCUCCCCUCCCCUGUCCCCAUCUCCCUUCGCUCGCUCUCAACCUCUUUUGUUCAGUAUGUGUAACUUGAAGCUAAUUUGUACUACUGGAUAUCUGACUGGAGCCACAGAUACAGAAUCUGUAUUGUUCUUACUGAAACACAGCAUGGAAUUAACAUUAAACUUAAAUAAAACAAACCUAAAUUAAAAAUGCCAAA